AUGGACACCUCGUUCCCCGAUGCCUCUGGUCGGUCCCAGGCCGAUGCCUUAGCUUCGGUUGCUGCUGCAGAUUCUAACGCUCGUGCCUCUUCUGCUGCUGGUCAAUCUGCGCUGCGUGUGAAGGUUGACGAUGCACCGAAAUUUGACCUAGAAACAUACAUCUCAAACUACUCCGGGCGCACCCGCUACGACCGUCUCUACCUCAUAGGCACGUGCUCCACCGUGCUGUCCAUCGAUGCCCUCAAGGCUGCCAUCGCCGAAGCCAAGUCUAGCAAGGAUGUUUCGCGUUACGAGAAGGCCGUCCGCGCGUUGGCGGAGGUUGCGCCAACUGACCCCUCCGCUUCGCUUGACAACGCCUGGAUUCAGAGCACCCAGCGAUACGUGAGGACACAGACUGAGCGACUGGAACAUGAACUGAGGGGAUACAAAAAUAACUUGAUCAAGGAGAGCAUUCGGAUGGGCAAUGAAGACCUAGGAAAUCACUAUCACCAGACGGGAGACUUGCCCGCCGCAACCAAGGCUUACGCUCGUAUGAGAGACUAUUGCACGGCACCAAACCACAUCACGUCUAUGCUCUUCAAGAUGGUCAAUGUUGCCGCUGAACGUGGAGACUGGGUUUCCAUGCAGUCAAGCGUGUCACGCUUGCGCAACUCUCAAUCGAAACCAGAGGACGCAGCCAAAAAUGAAUCCAAGAUUUCCGCAGCCUAUGCACUCUCACAAAUGCGUCAACAGGCCUUCCUCGAAGCAGCCAACGUUUUCUUGACUAUCCAGCCAGACCUCGGCGACAACUACAAUGAACUCAUUACCCCCAAUGAUGUUGCUGUGUACGGUGGCAUACUGUCUCUUGCAACCAUGACCCGCGAAGAGCUACAGCGUAACGUUCUUGACAACACCUCUUUCCGCAACUUCCUCGAACUUGAACCUCACAUACGCCGCGCCAUCGCUUUCUUCUGCAACUUCAAGUUCCGUCCCUGCCUUGACAUCCUGGAAGCCUACCGCUCUGACUACCUUCUCGACCUUCAUCUUCAGCCCUAUCUCGAAACAUUGUACAAGCGCAUCCGCACUAAGUCUAUCAAGCAGUAUAUGGUACCUUUCAGCAGCGUCAGUCUCGAAUCGAUGGCGAAGAUCUUCGCACCGGAAGUCAUUGGCGGCGAAGCACGGCCUGCUGGCCUCUCAUCGCCAUUUGUGCAGGAGUUGAUUACGCUAAUUCAGGAGGGUGUGCUGGACGCCCGUAUUGACCUCGAGAAGGGAUUGCUCGUGUCGAACCAAGUCGAUGCUCGGACAGAAGUCCAGCGAACUACUCUUCAAAGCCUGCAAGAAUUCAACCAAGAGGCUCAUUGGCGAAUGAUGCGUGCCGCUUUCCUCCAAGCAGGAUUAGAGCCUCUGUCGCAAGACCGGUUUCUCGACAUGCUAUGCCUGUGCGUCUAUCCUCUGUGCUCUGACGAUCUAGGGCGGGAGAUUGACUGGAGCGUGGACUUGACGUUGCCUUCGAUUUCGACUAUACUCUCCGGAUAUAACGACCCUGGGGAUUCGAUAUCAACGUGUAUGAGGCCUCCUCCGCGGCCUGAAAACGUGCCACAGUCGACUCUAGUUUUAAUACCAAGCAUUCCUGACACAUUCCCUGUCCCGCCGGCUUGUGUACCUUCGAAGCGGACAUUCGCCGAGACAGAUGCAGCAAUGGAAGAGUCUUCGAGGGCUACUGCACGAUUGUCGCCUACAUUGAGAGUUGUAAAAUCAAUGAUUAGGGAGUCUGUGGAUACUCGAGAACCAGAUAGAUAUGAAGGAGGCUUGAAAAAACACAUAGAAUCGCAGUUAGCCCCGAUUCAAGAGGAGACAGAGGAAUCUGCGCCAAGGCCAACGUCUAUACCAACAGACCGGUUCGACGGGACUAUGGGAUGGGCCUAUCCGCCAAGUUCUUCCAUUGUUCGUGAGGCCUCGUCUUCCUCGUCUUCUUCGACUUCUUCGACUUCUCAUCCCGCUUCGACUAUCCCCCCAAUAGUCCCUUCCAUCAUGGCAGACCACCCAGAUGCACUCAACGGAGAAACUGAUGAUACUUCCUCUUUGGCAUCAAGCGACGAUGCAUCAGUAUUUGAUCAGUAUUCCGACAGCUCUAGCUACACCGCAUCUCUCCUCUCAAAUGUUCAAAACUACAGAUACGAAAAUGGACGACGAUACCACUCCUACCGGGAAGGACACUACGUGCUCCCAAACGAUGAGCAAGAACAAGAUCGACAAGACCUGCUCCACCACGUCCGAAACCUGGUGCUCAAUGGCCAACUCUACCGAGCCCCACUGGGAGACAACAUACAACGAGUCCUGGACGUUGGCACCGGCACAGGCAUCUGGGCCAUCGAUUAUGCAGACAGCUUCCCCAGCGCCGAGGUAAUAGGCACCGAUUUGAGUCCCAUCCAGCCCUCAUGGGUCCCGCCCAACUUGCGAUUCAUCGUAGACGACGCCGAAUCGUCCUGGCUGUACAGUCGCAACCGGCCCUUUGACUUCAUCCAUGCCCGCGAUCUCGGCGGUGCUAUCACCGACUGGCCGCGUUUGAUCCGGCAGAGUUACGAGAAUCUCCGGCCUGGGGGUUGGCUUGAGUUGCAGGAGUUUGAGGUUACGCUUAGAGCGGAUGAUGAUUCAAUGCGUCUUGCGCCGACGUUGUGUGAUUUUAUCGGACGUUUGCAUUCGGCCAGCGAGGCGUUUGGUCGUCCUAUGAACAUCGCGGAGGGUCAUCGGCAGCGGUUGAUUGAGGCUGGUUUUCAAGAUGUGAGGGAUGAUGUGUACAAGGUCAUCUCUAGUCCUUGGGCUGAGGAUCCUGUGCAAAAGGAGAUCGGCCGAUACAACCAGUGCUCUCUUCUGAUGGCAGUGGAAUCCUACUCACUGGCACUGUUUACUCGAGUACUAGGAUGGUCUAACGAGGAUACCCAAGUGUUCCUGGCAGGCGUGCGUAGAGAUAUCAAGAAUCCCGCCGUCCACUCAUAUUGCUAUAUGCAUGUCGUCUUUGGUCGGAAGCCAAACUACUAG